AUGAGACUAGAACAUUCAAACCAGCUGGAUAAAACACACCCUCCGCUCCGUUUCGUUGAUUCGACUGCUGUUACCGCACUGGACACGGAGCAUGAGGGUCAUCAACUCUCCAAAAUAAAAUCUGGCCUGCAAAGCCGUCCUCCAAUCUCCCUCCCCCUUAUAACCCAUUGUUAUUAUAGAAGUGGUGGUAGCGGUAUCAUCUACUUCUCGUCCCUCUGCGGUAUCUCAACUGUGGCCUCUUUUGCCUCACCGUCGGACGAUGCGGGCUGCCCGGACGAAUCCGCGUCACAGCUAACUGAUCUCGAAGCCGCGCAGGACCACUGCCACCAUCUUAAUCUUAUUGUGCCGCCUGACUCCACUGCGACACUCUUCACCACCACUCCGACUACCGCUACUACAGAACCUCGUCGCGUCUCUCUGCUCGACAGUGUUUCGCAAUUUUGGCUGAAAACUUGCUUAUCGCUCUCUGGUCUCAUCCGCACGUCUCCGCUCCCCUCGUUCCAGUGCGCACCUCACGCCCACGUCAUGGCGUCCUCAGCCCAAUACCAGGUCCCGCGAACCCCGCGCGUCAUUUCACCGUCGCCAGACCCCUCGGAAUCCAGCGCAAAAGACGGCUAUUUUGGCCCAACCACGCGCUCUGCUGCGCGCAAACAGCGCUUGCAAUCACCGCCAUCCAUCGAAGAGGACUCGUCAGGCUCUGAUCCGGAUAAGAGAGCCAGAGCCAGGAGUCGAAGUCCAAUAUAUGAAAGUAGGAGACGGAGGAUGAGCGGUCUCGCAGCCAAGAGACAGGCAAACGGCAAGCCGUCCAAGGCAGGAGACCUCAAACUACCCAACGGGUCCACGGUCAAUGGGCAUCUGUCGCCUCAGGCGGCCAACAGGAACUACUGGAGAGAGCUGAGUAGGAGCCCGAGCCCCCUCGGUCUGAUUCCGAUUCAUCAGAAAUGGCGGUCUUUUAUCCACCGCCACGAAGUCCCCCGCAAAAUCCUCCACACCUCUAUCGGCUUUCUCACCCUCGCUCUAUACGGCACGGGUCGACAACCCUCUCAAAUCCACCCCGUCCUCCUCACGCUUCUGAUUCCCAUCACCCUCUCCGACGUCAUCCGCCAUAAAUGGUGGCAAGUGAACCGCCUCUACAUCCGGUGUCUGGGCGCGCUGAUGCGUGAGUCUGAAGUCGACGGCUGGAACGGCGUCAUCUCGUAUCUGCUGGGCGCAUGGCUCGUGCUGCGGUUUUUCCCCAAGGACGUCGGAGUCAUGAGCGUGCUCCUACUCAGCUGGUGCGACACUGCGGCGUCGACUUUCGGUCGCCUCUGGGGCCACCGCACAUGGCGUGUUCGCAAAGGGAAAUCGCUCGCUGGGUCCAUCGCGGCGUGUGUUGUUGGUGUUAUCACGGCCGCUGUCUUUUGGGGUUCCAUUGCGCCCCGCUUCGCUAGAUACGACACUGGUGAAAAUGCUUUCGCGUAUCAGGGCGCACUCACGCUUCCUGCUAAAGUUCGCGAAACACUGUCUCUGGAUGUUGCCAGUGCUUCCGUGACUGGGUGGUGGGCGCUGGGAGUUGUGUCGCUUGCUGCUGGGCUUGUGGCGAGCACGAGCGAGGCUAUUGAUCUGUUUGGGUGGGAUGAUAACCUAACGAUCCCCGUGCUUUGCGGAGCAGGGCUUUGGGCGUUUUUGAGAGGUUUCGCAUCAUGA